CGCAUCUCCGCCUCCUUCUUUCUCUACCAAGCUCGCAUAACCCAAAUCGAAGCAAACCCAAAUCCUUGUCGACCAUGGGGCAGGGCACUCCCGGGGGCAUGGGCAAGCAGGGAGGCGCCGGCGACCGCAAGCCGGGGGACGGCGCCGACAAGAAGGACAAGAAGUUCGAGCCGCCGGCCGCCCCCUCCCGCGUCGGCCGCAAGCAGCGCAAGCAGAAGGGCGCCGAGGCCGCCGCGCGCCUCCCCAACGUCGCGCCGCUCUCCAAGUGCCGCCUCCGCCUCCUCAAGCUCGAGCGGGUCAAGGACUACCUCCUCAUGGAGGAGGAGUUCGUCGCCGCGCAGGAGCGCCUCCGCCCCCAGGAGGACAAGGCCGAGGAGGACCGAUCCAAGGUCGACGACCUCCGCGGCACGCCCAUGAGCGUCGGAUCCCUAGAGGAGAUCAUCGACGAGAGCCACGCCAUCGUCUCCUCCUCCGUCGGCCCAGAGUACUACGUCGGGAUCCUCUCCUUCGUGGACAAGGACCAGCUCGAGCCAGGAUGCUCCAUCCUCAUGCACAACAAGGUUCUGUCUGUGGUUGGUAUACUGCAAGAUGAAGUUGAUCCUAUGGUAUCUGUGAUGAAAGUGGAGAAAGCUCCUCUGGAGUCUUAUGCUGACAUUGGUGGGUUAGACGCUCAGAUUCAAGAAAUUAAAGAGGCCGUUGAGCUUCCAUUGACCCAUCCUGAGCUGUAUGAGGACAUUGGAAUCAGGCCUCCCAAGGGAGUCAUAUUAUACGGAGAACCUGGAACAGGAAAAACUCUGCUUGCCAAGGCUGUCGCUAACUCAACGUCUGCAACUUUCUUGCGUGUCGUUGGAAGUGAACUUAUUCAAAAAUACCUUGGUGAUGGUCCCAAGCUAGUAAGAGAACUAUUUAGGGUGGCGGAUGAGCUUUCUCCCUCAAUAGUCUUUAUUGACGAGAUUGAUGCAGUUGGAACAAAGAGGUAUGAUGCUCACUCAGGAGGAGAGCGGGAGAUUCAAAGAACUAUGCUGGAGCUGCUGAACCAGCUAGAUGGUUUUGACUCACGUGGAGAUGUUAAAGUUAUUCUAGCAACGAACCGCAUUGAAAGUCUUGAUCCAGCUUUGCUUCGGCCUGGUCGUAUCGACCGAAAGAUUGAGUUUCCUCUUCCAGAUAUCAAAACUAGACGGCGCAUCUUCCAGAUACACACAUCAAAGAUGACGCUAGCUGAUGAUGUGAACUUGGAAGAAUUCGUGAUGACGAAGGACGAGUUCUCAGGUGCUGAUAUCAAGGCUAUCUGCACAGAAGCUGGGUUGCUCGCAUUGAGAGAACGGAGAAUGAAGGUGACUCAUGCAGAUUUCAAGAAGGCGAAGGAGAAGGUGAUGUACAAGAAGAAGGAAGGCGUCCCGGACGGUCUCUAUAUGUAAUGAAUUAGUCCCUUGAUUGUCAGGACAAGGUAUCGUAUUGUAGUAGCACUUUCUCUUCAUCAUGGGAGAUAUGUUGAUUUGGUUGUCCUAGUACUUGUCGCACUCACUUAUGUGGUUGGAAAACAUUUAUUAUCCUUUGAUUUAAUUAUUUCAAGUAAUAUUCCCUUUGCCAAGUAAAA